AUGCCUGGUCAAAGCAGUAAAGCGCCUUCAGAUUCGAUCAAAGUAGUCCCUGGCAGGAGUAAGCAGCGAGUCGAGUCUUCAAAUCCUGUAGCCAGAGGAGGGAAUCCAAAUCAUAGAACGUCAAAGGUGAAAUGUCUUUCUCCACAGGAAGCCAUACAUCUUUCAUCUGGAGUGGCUGUUACUCCAAUUUCUGGAGCUCCAAGCCCUAAGAAGCCUGCUCGUCCAACUCCUGGAGCACCAAGACCUGUCUUUGCUCGUCCAACUCCUGAGGCAUCAAGACCUGUCACUGCUCGUCCAACUCCUGAAGUACCAAGAACUGUCUCUGCUCGUCCAACUUCUGAAGAACCAAGGCCUGUCUCUGCUCGAGCAAGUCCUGAAGCACCAAGCACUGUUCGAGCUCGUUCAACUUCUGAAGCACUUGUCCAGGCUCAUCCUGCAGCGAGUGCCAAGAGAGAAAUUGUUUGCGGUCUUCAAGCGAUGAGUUUGACUACUUUGACUAGUACAAGAGUGAGAAGGAGAAACACUUCACAUCUCAGUCAAUCUAGGACGGUUGAGCCUCCUCCUAGUCCACGUGCCUUGCGGAUUCGUUCAAGAGUUAGGCAACAAGCUGCUGAUGCAACACCUGUUGUAGAAGGAACAGUUGUGGAAGUUGGUGAUGGUGAUAGAGCUAAAGAUCAUGGUUCCAACGAGAUAUGUCAAUCAGCCUCUGUUGAAAGAUUUUCGGAGUUACGUCAAUAUCUACCAGCUCUGCAUCCUACUUGGAAGGGACGCAUUGUGGAUUCUGCCAUGCUGCCUGAGUUUGACUGCGAGUUUUGGGCUAAACCUGCAUCCAAUAUCAUCAAGAAGGCACACAAACUUUCAAAGGCGAUGCCUACGUUACUCAAUGUAGAGUUGCUUCCUACUGGCCGUAUUUUGAAUGCUGUGUUUGACAGAAGCCCAAGGCCAUCGGAUGUGGAAGUGUACUUUUUCCCAGAUGAGAAGACAACAGAAAGGUUUAAAGGGGAACAUGAUCAUCUGUUUGAGGCUAUGGCCACUCGCAAUGCCAUGAUCAAAGCUAACAUAAACGGCGCAGAGUUGUUGAUAUUCUCCUCGAAAUUAUUGGACAGGAUCUCUCAGUUUUUCAUCAAUAAGCAAUACAAAACAGAAAACUUUCUUUGGGGUUUUUUUCUUCAUGACAGAGACUUGCAAGCACUUGUUCCAGGAACUUGUCAUCAAACUGAUAUGGAUCUUGAUGAUGGAGAUUGUGUUGACAUGGACUUAGACACUGAAUCCCUGACCCCGAGCCUGGCUCUGAAGAUGAUUGCAGAAUCACAAAGCAACCUCUCAACAUCUCCAGUGAAGAAAAGCAAUGACCUCCCCUUGCCUCCUGGUUUUGAGAAGAUAUGGACACCACUACCCUUGGUGAAACUUAAUAUACAAGGAACAUCAAACCCUGACUCCAAUCUAACCGGAUCCGCUGGAUUAGUGCGUAACGAGUCAGGGCAGUGGUUGUUUGGCUACAUCAGGUGUCAUAAGAGCCUCACUGAAGUGACAGCUGGGCUUCUGGCUGUUUACCAUGGCCUUAAAUAUCUCUGGGACAGUGGUUACCGAAGAAUCCAGCUGGAGACAACAAGCCGUGAGAUCAUUGAUGCACUAACAACAGAAUCAGUCCUGUUUCAUAAGAGAAAGUCGAUCCUGGGAUGUUGCAAGGACAUGGUCUUGAGAGAGUGGGACUGUGACAUUCACCACAUCUCUGAAGAAGAGAACUCUUGUGCAGAAUGGUUAGCAAGCAGAGUAGAAGGACAGCCUCAAGGAUUAGUUUUCUUCGAAUACCCACCUCGAGGUCUUCUGGAUCUUCUUGAGAAAGACCGUCUUAGAGCUAGAUAA